AAUGAUUUCUAGUAACUAAACGAAAUCAUUACUUGAAGUAAUAGAAAAGAACGAAGAUCCAUCAGCUUUUGCAGAUGCUCUAGGUCUUUUAGAAAAACUAUUAACUAAGUAUUUUCUAAGAUUUAAAUUUAGUAUUAUAAACAAUCCCAAUGAAGAUAAAUUUAAACAUAUAAAGAUGACAGUUAAAACAUUAGCAACACGUCUAUUUAAUAUAAGAUAAAUGGCAGAGUUAUUAACAUCAUUGGGUUUCAUUUAAGUAUCCAAUCAACUCUAUUUAAAAUAUAGUUAGAUUAAGAAUUCUAUCUACCUGAUGAAGAAUUAGCAAAAUUACUAGAGAAUUUCAAUACUAUCAAAUGGUAGCAUAUUCUAGCAUAAGGAAGAGUAGAUGGACCUUAAUAAUAUCAAAAGGCAUAGGAAAUGUAUUAUAUUGUUUUCUAUGAUUUUCUAGAGUGAGACAAUAACAAGAGGCUUAAAGAUAAUAUGAGAAAGAAUAAAGAGAAAAGGAGAAAAUCCAAUAAUAAAUGAAAUAUGAUAGAUAAGAAAGAAGUUUAGUGAAGGAGAAGGAUUCAAAGGCAAAUGAUUUGUAAUUUGGUGCCAAAGUUAAAACUUGCGAAUAAUUAGGUAUAAAUAAGAAUACAGGUAAACGUGGGUGAGGUU